AUGGAAAGUAAUGAAUUGGUGGCAAAGGAUCCUGUGAAGGUGGUCAAAGAGCUACAAGACCUUAUCUUAAUGGAUGAAGAAGUGGGAACUGUUUUAGAUUACGAAAGUUUGUACCCUUCUAUUAGGAUUGAAGCGUGUGUAGAAGCACUUUUGGAGUUUUUGAAUAGAGUAAACCCAAUGUUAGCACAACACGGUAAUGAGGUUGCAGAGAUGGUUAAUCUAGUAUGUUGCGAAUCCUUUUUCGUUUUUGAAGGCCAAACAUAUAAACAAAAUAGAGGGGUCCCAAUGGGAAGCCCAAUUUCAGGGCUCCUAUGCGAGCUUGUCGUUAGAAAACUAGAAAGAAAAAUACUGAGUAGCUUUGAAAGAAAUAUUGUAUACUACAAGAGAUAUGUAGAUGAUGUAUUCAUUUUAUGGAAAAACAAUCGAGCAAUUGCUGAAUUCGUAGAUAGAGUUAACGAUAACGAGGAAGGUCUUAGGUUGAAGCUAGAGCAAAAAAGCUCUAUGAAGGUACAUUUCUUAGACAUUAGUAUCAUAUUUAGGAGAGGACGUAUAUCCACCAACGUAUUCAUUAAACCAACACAUAGUCCACUAUAUAUCCCUGCAAACUCUAAUGACCCUUAUAGGUAUAAAAUAGCAGCGUUUCGAGCAUUGGUUAGGAGGGCCUUUAUAUACUGUGAAAGCGUUAUAGACCGGGAUGCAGAGUUAGAAAGAAUUAUGCAAUUGGCAGGAACAUUGGGUUACAAGAGGAAUGUGAUUAAGGGAAUUAUUAGAAAAUUAGAGGAUAAUAAAGAUAUAAAAAAGGCACAAGGUCCUUCUAAAUACACGAAAUUUACAUACAACAAACAUUUAGGAGGAGUUAUGAAAGAAAUCACAAAUAUGAAGGGUGCAAAGAUGGAACCUAGGUUUAAGGAUCAAAGAACACAAAUAUGA